UACCUUCAUUAGACGUUCAAUGCAAACGCAUUCUAAUUUUUGAGGGUUCAGAUCACUAAUGUUUUAUUGUACCCUACCUACCUACACUCAUGCAAAAUGAAACGCUUUCUUUCCGAACUCCUCGUCAUUAUUCUUUUUGUCAACUGUGUCCAACUCCAACCAAAGAAUUAUGGACCGAAUAAAGUAAAUAUAACUACGUAUACUGAUAUCUGUCAAUAACGGAUUAAUUAUCCUACUACAAUUAGAGCAAGUCAUUAAUUUUGUGAACUAAUUCAAUUUUUAUUUCAAAUGGAGCAAAUUCAUAUCAUACAGAAAUGCCUUCAAACGGAAGGAUUACCAUUAAAUGCAGUACCAGAGACUUUAUGCUUAGCUGAUAGGGAAAAAGUCGCAAGAUGCAUAAUACAUGAACAAUUGGUGAAGAAAAUGAAAAUGAACAGUUCAAUAUACCCGUUCAAGUAUACAUCGGACUGAAUUCAGACUCAGGGAUAAAGAACUAUAUCACAUGGAAUAAGUUGUGUACCUACUUUUAGUACUCAAUAUUCUCAUGCUGGUCGAUGCAAUUGCAUCGCCAAAAUGUAAUCGUGGUUGUUUAGUGAAUUACCUACUCAUCAGUGAUUUUGAUUAGUUUUUUGAAAAAAAUUGACUUCCAAGUUCGAAAAAUUCCAUUUCAGUAUCUAAAAACGAUUUUCAAGGCGCUGUUUUUAAUCUCAGAUUUGACUGUUGGAUUUGGCGAAAGUUUUAAACCCAAUUAUCAUAUCGAUAUUCACCUUAUCUCAUUGAGCAAGAUAAGGCAUAACUUCAUUACCAUACCUACACACUCAAGGCAAACACAUUCUAAUUUUUGAGCGUUCACAUCAAUCAAUGUUUCAUCAUUCUAUACUUAUGCAAAAUGAAACAAUUUCUUUCCGAGCUCCUUGUCAUCAUUUUUUUUGUCAACUGUGUCCAACUAGAGGAUUAUGUACCUAAUACGGAGCUAAAUCUUCAUAUCAUACAGAAAUGCCUUGAAGAAGAAGGAUUACCAUUAAAUGCAUUACCAUGGCAAUUAUGCCCUACUGAUAAGGAAAAAGUCAAAGCCUGCAUAAGAAGUGAACACUUAGAGAGAAUGAAAAUGAGCAGUCAAUUGUACACGUUCAAGUGGAAAAAGGACUUCGACGACGCAUCGGCUCAUUUCAAAUUCAAGAAUAAAGAACACAUGGAAUAAGUUUUGUACUUUUAUUAUUAAGUACUCAUAUUCUCAUUUUCGUCGAUGCCAUUGCAUCGCCAGAAUGUAAUCGUUGUUGUUUUGUGAAUUACCUACUCAUCAGUGAUUGUAAUUAUGAGUGGUUUUGUUCGAGUAUUAGCAGAUUAAAUGCAACUGUAAUUAUCAUUUCACGUUCUCCGGUUGUUUCAGUUGAUUGUUUUUUUGAAAGAAAUUUACUUCCGAGUUCGAAAAAUUCCAUUUCAGUAUCAAAAAACGAUUUUGCAAGAACAAAAUUGAAAAAAGUUAACGAAGUAUUUCAAAGUGAAAAAAAGAUACGUUUUUGGUAAAAAAAAAAAAAAGGUGACACUUUUUGUUGGAAAAACCACCACUAAAAAUGCAAGUGAAAAAUUAUUGAUUUAUUUGUAGGGGGAGAGGAAAUGGGGAAAUUGAAGAAUUUUAAUUUCGUUGGACUUUCAGUAACAAAAUUACGAUUUUUAAUGAAAAAAUAUCAAUUUUUUGUGAAAAUAAUGACCAUUAACUUGUAUGUAGUAGGUAGGUAUUUUAGUGAGAAAUGAUGAUAUGAAUAUAUACAAGAUUUACAUUCAAAUGAUUCAAAUGACAACAAUGAAAAACUGAUUCAUCAAGAUUAUGUUUUAUGAUUUCUUAAUGAGUGAUUUUUUUUUCAUUUUUAGUUUUAUUUUUCUGAUAAGUACAUACGUAUUAGUAGACCAAUAUAUGACUUGCAUACUUGCAUGACCUGUUGGACACCGUGCUUGAAGAAGCAGGAUCUACAUGUUUUGAUAUGACCUCAAAUCCCAUCCUUUUUGAUUUUAAAACAUGAAUUCCAAUGUUUGGUUAUAAAUUAUCAUCCUAAUCUAUAACAACCUAUUUCUAUCAAUAUUAUUACUAAUCAUUGAGUAUAUGAUAAGGCCAUAUAGCUUCAUUAAACGUUCAACGUAAAUGGAUUCAUAUUCUUGAGCGCUCACAAUUCCAUCACAUUUUCAAGCAAACCAUCAACAUAAUAUGAUUUAGUUGUACUCACGCAAAAUGAAAUGUUUUCUUUCCCAACUUCUCGUCCUUAUUUUUUGCAUCAACUGUGUCCAACUGUGCUCGUACGAUUACGGGUACUCCUACUCGCAUGAUACAACGAAUCUUGAGCUAAAUAUUCAUAUAAUACAGAAAUGCCUUGAAGAAGACAACUUACCAAUAAACACGGAUGUAUGGAAAUUAUCCACUAAAAGAAUGGAUAAAUUCUCAAGCUGUGUAAAUAGGGAACACAUGAAGUGGGAGAAAAUGAUGAACAGUUCACCAUCCAAGUAAAUCGCACUGAAUUCAAAUACCUAUGUACAAUAUUCGGGGAUAAAGAGCUACACAUCAGAUAGAAUAAGUUUUGUACUUGACGGUUGUUUUGUGGAUUACAUACUACUCAUCAGAGAAAUUGUAAUAAGAGUGAUUUUGUUUACUACAUACAAGAUCAAUACAAAAUACAACUGUAUAUUUUAUCAC